AUGGCCAAAGGAGAAACCAUCAAGUGCAAGGCCGCCGUCGCCUGGGAGGCCGGCAAGCCCAUGUCGAUCGAAGAGAUCGAGGUCCAGCCUCCGCGUGCCGGCGAGGUUCGUGUUCAGAUCACCCACACCGGUUUGUGCCACACGGAUGCCUACACGCUCUCUGGUUCCGACCCGGAGGGAGCUUUUCCCGCCAUCCUUGGUCACGAAGGCGCUGGUAUUGUUGAGUCUGUCGGCGAGGGCGUCGAACACGUCAAGGAGGGCGACUCGGUCAUCCUCCUCUACACUGCCGAGUGCCGCGAGUGCAAGUUCUGCAAGUCCGGCAAGACCAACCUCUGCCAGGCCGUGCGUGCUACCCAGGGUCAAGGUCUCAUGCCAGACAAGACCAAGCGCUUCAGCUGCAAGGGUAAGGAGCUCAACCACUUCAUGGGCUGCUCCACCUUCUCGCAGUACACGGUCGUCUCGCAGUACUCGCUUGUCGCCAUCAACCCUAAGGCGCCACGCGACAGGACUUGCUUGCUCGGCUGUGGUGUCACCACCGGCUGGGGUGCCGCUACCCACACUGCCAAUGUCGAGAAGGGCUCCACCGUCGCCGUAUUUGGCAUUGGCUGUGUCGGUCUCGCCGUCAUCACCGGUGCAGUCGACGCGGGUGCCGGUCGCAUCAUUGCCAUCGACACUAACGACCAGAAGGAGGCUUGGUCCAAGAAGUUCGGCGCCACCGACUUCAUCAACCCUUCCAAGCUCGGUGACAAGGACAUCGUUUCUCACCUAGUCGAGAUCACCGACGGCGGCUUGGACUACACCUUCGACUGCACCGGCAACGUCAAGGUCAUGCGUUCCGCCCUCGAGGCCUGCCACAAGGGCUGGGGUGUCAGCACCGUCAUCGGUGUCGCUGCUGCCGGUCAGGAGAUCGCUACCCGUCCCUUCCAGCUCGUCACUGGUCGCAAGUGGCAGGGUUCAGCGUUCGGCGGUGUCAAGGGCAGGACCGAGCUGCCCGGUAUUGUCGAGAGGUACUUGAACGGCACAUUCAAGGUCGACGACUACAUCACCCACACCACCGACUUGGACAACAUCAACAAGGGUUUCGAGUACAUGAAGCAGGGGGAAUGCAUUCGAUGCGUUGCCAAGAUGUCCUAA